GGCUAGCACUAGACGCGAUUUUUGAAUGCCGGUUAAUUUAGCGAAAACCUCGUAUAAACAAGUACAGGGUGCGCAUUAAUGUUUGUGUUUGUUCUCGGUUGGUGCUUGUUACUACUUACAACAUUAAUUAUGCAAUGUCAUAAUUCAUUGCGCAAUUUAUGUUUGUAUAGAUAAAUAAAUCGUACUGGUAUAAGUAGUAUUCACUGAAGAGCACUUGUAUUGGUUAGUUCAACUGUUGUGCAAAAUGGGGUUACUGACAGAAGGAACUCCGCUCAGUUGGGAGGAGACGAAAAAAUUGGCGCCCCACGUUCGCGAACACGGUGUGAAUCAGUUUAUCAGCAUUUACAAGAAGUUGAAGGAGAGAAAAGGGGACGUUCUCAAAUGGGGCGACGAAAUCGAAUACAUUAUUGUCAAGUUCAAUGAUGGGAAAAAGGAGGCCAAAGUCAGUUUACGUGCUGAAGAGAUUUUGGCCGUGCUUAACGAGAAGGAGCAACAGAAUCCCGACACUGUGAAGUUUCUAUGGAGGCCUGAGUUUGCUGCUUACAUGAUUGAGGGCACUCCAGGCAAACCGUAUGGCGGAACGCUGGCCCACUUUAAUAUAGUGGAAACUAACAUGAGGAUGAGGAGGCAGGAGGCAAUGGAACUGCUCAAGGAAGGAGAAUCUGUAAUGUCUCUAACCAGUUUCCCCAGAUUGGGAUGCUCUGACUUUACAGAACCCCCCACUAAACCCACUCCGAAUGAAGGCGGAACAAAAUCCCUAUUUUUCCCAGACGAAGCAGUAUUUCCUGGACACCCUCGAUUUAUGAACUUGGUUCGCAAUAUUCGAAAAAGACGCGGCGAACAUGUGGCAAUUAAUUUACCAAUUUUUAGGGAUGUAAAAACGAAAAUACCAGUAGACGAGUCGCAUUUAAUAAGGAAAGCUGCUAAACCGGAUUGCGUUUAUUUGGAUGCAAUGGGAUUUGGGAUGGGCUGUUGCUGUUUGCAGCUGACUUUCCAAGCUUGCCACAUCGAUGAAGCGAGGAUUUUGUAUGACCAGCUUACACCAUUGUGCCCGAUAAUGUUGGCUUUUAGUGCCGCCUCACCCAUACAUCGAGGAUUUUUGACCGAUGUGGAUUGUCGAUGGAACGUAAUUUCGGGAUCAGUUGAUUGCCGCACUGAAGAGGAACGAGGGCUAAAGCCCUUGAAAGAGAACAAGUUCGUUAUAAAGAAAUCGCGGUAUGAUUCAAUCGAUUCCUAUCUAUCACCGCAAGGUGAAAAGUACAAUGACAUUCCCAUUUUGUACAAUGAUGAAGACUAUAAAAAAUUGCGAGAUAAUGGCAUUGAUCAUUUGCUUGCUCAACAUAUCGCCCACCUUUUUAUACGAGACACUGUCUCAUUGUUCUCGGAGAAAAUCAAUCAAAACGACGAGGAAGAUACUGAUCAUUUUGAGAAUAUUCAGUCAACUAAUUGGCAAACCAUGCGAUUUAAACCGCCACCACCCCACUCGACAAUUGGUUGGAGAGUCGAAUUUAGGCCCUGUGAAGUGCAGGUUACCGAUUUUGAAAACGCCGCAAUUGUUUGCUUUGUGGUUCUCCUAACCAGGGUUAUUCUAUCAUAUCAAUUGAACUUUUUAAUUCCCAUAAGUCAAGUGGACGAGAAUAUGCAAAACGCUCAAAAACGAAAUGCAUGCAAAGAGCAACGAUUCUGGUUUAGGAAAGAUAUAACUACCGAUAUUAGUCCGCCAGAAGCAAAUAGAUGUUGUGCGGGCACGAGUUGUGAUCCAAAAGCUUGUGAUAUGGUGGGGCUAAUGACUGUGAAUGAAAUUAUCAAUGGCAAUGCUGGCGAUUUUCCCGGGUUAAUUCCCUUGAUCAACAGCUACUUAAAUGGCAUGGAUGUGGAUGCAGAUACGCAUUGCACCAUUCAGCAAUACCUGAAGUUUAUUCAAAGACGAGCCUCAGGAGAAAUAUUUACUACAGCAUCGUUUAUCAGGAAGUUCGUCACUGAACACCCCGCCUACAAGCAUGAUUCUGUAGUGUCGGAACUCAUUAACUACGACCUCCUGAAAACCUUGCAAGACAUCGAGGAAGGCAAAAAGUCUUGCCCAGAAUUGCUGGGCUACAGUGCCACAUCAAAAACUCGAGAAAGUAUUCCCAAUGCCUUAAAAAAUGAUUAUUGAGUACACGCUUUUGAUAAGGAAAAGCAAUUAAUAUUAAGUCACAUUAGUGCAAUGCAUUUAAAAUAUGUUUAGUAUUAAUUUGAAGGAAAACGAAGAUUUUUUAUUGUUUAUGCAUUUACUGGGUCACAUAAUAUAUUUGCAUUACUAUGUUCACAUAUGGAGCAUUGAUAUUUAG